UGUAAAUUAUUAUUAUUAUUAAAAAAAUCAUGAAAACAUGUUAUUGGAUCAUCAUAAUUUAAUUAAUUUCAGCAGAGGUCGCCGUUCGACAGACGAAUAUACUUUAUAUCACAGUUCUCACAAAGGGUGCAGGAAAUGAAACUUGGCACUAACGGUAUAUAAUAUAAUCUGGUCGCCACAAAUAAUUAAAUUAAAUGCUGUUUAGAUAGAUUUCAAUUCCUAAGUGUGGUGAAAUAAUUUGAACUUAAAUUCUAAUUGGCACACGGUUAUUGUUUCCACCAAAGUCAGUCGUUUUAGAAUUUUUAUAACUCUUGCAACCCAAAAAUAAUUGAAGAGGUGAAAAUUUUCCUAACUCUUCCACUUUCAUUAUCCGUCUCUCACAAAUUUUUGGUAUUUGUUGUUGUUCCCAUGAGAAUGACAUCGUUGGCAUGCGCGUUGCUCAUUUCACUGCUCCUCGUUGUUUUUUUUUUCUGGUCCCAGCCCCUCAAACGAAAGUACUAUUUUUUAUCCAGCACAUGUGGUUAUGGUACAAUACAUAUGUAAAUAAUACAAUACAUAUGUAAAUAAGUACAUAAUUGCAAACGAAAAUUGCUGUGUAGAUACACUCGUGUACCAUAAAUGACUGCAAAUGUACACAGUGUGUAUGUUGCUCUUUGCUACCAGUACCUCCCGUGUCACAUUUCUCCCAUACGACCGAGUUAUCAUCUCCUGCCGAGCAUCGCGUGCAAACAGCUUACAGCGCAAAAAUAAGAACCGGUAUUAAGCUAAAUAUGUUAGUAGUAUGCCUUAUUCGUGCGCUCACUGAGUGUAAUUCGCGGUCAGAUCAACAUUUUCGCCGUUGCUACCGUCGUCAUUAUAGCCACCACCGUUUGUCAAUUUGGCUAGAUUCACCUCAUCAGAAUUUGGUUUCAGUUAGUCAGUCGUGCACCGUUCAGCUCGGGACUUGUGAUUCGCUGGUCGGUUGACCAAAAUCUAAAAAAAGCCAUAACAGUGCAGAACAAUCACGGAAGACGUACACAGUCAACCUUUAAAUAGUGCAGCCGAGAAUUUAAUAGUGAGUGCUUAAUUCAGUGCAACAAUCAGUUACUUCAUUCCUGUUCCCGUCGUACAACUUUAAACUUAAUACCAGUGUGUGUGUAUGUAAUGGCGUUUUUGCGUUCCAUUUGUGCUCAACGUGCCACAUCAAAUUUGGUUUAUAGUCGCAAUAAAAGUAAUAGGAGCGCCACAUCUGUGUGGAGAUCGAGUGGCGAGGCAACUGCCACAGCAUCAAUAUCGACCUCGUCAUCUUUAGGAUCAACGAACCAGCAGGAGGUAUGUCAUGUAAGUGAUCGUAAAUCAGACGAUCUCAAAUACUCAGCGGUAUUACAGAGUCAGAUAAGUCAACGACAACCGCAGCAACAUCAACUUCUCAGCAGCAUCCUUUUCUCACCUGCCUACAACUCGCGACAUACACUAUUCACGAAAGGUCCGCUUGAUCGAUCUGUAGUUGCUGCUCGGCAAGAGGCUGAACCUGAGGUAAAACGAACCCGAUCUCAUAAGCCCCCACAGCAACAACCAAAUGUUCCUGCUAAUCCCCAACGUGAUCCAUUGGAUGUCAGUUUCAAUGAUCCAAUCGCGUCAUUCAAGAGCAAAACAACAUGGGAGUUGAUACGCGCUUAUUUGGUAUACACCGUUUGUUCCAUUGAACCUGUAGUAGAGAACAAUCUCAAGCUAAUGAAGAUCGCCAAUACUUUGCUCGGCGACAAAUUGUUUACAAUGCUGAUGAAGGCUACGUUCUACGGUCAUUUUGUAGCUGGCGAAGAUCAAGUCAAAAUCAUCCCAACACUAGAAAGGCUGCGCUCGUUUGGCGUGAAACCGAUUCUUGAUUAUUCUGUGGAGGAAGAUCUCUCUCAGGAAGAGGCUGAGAAACGCGAAGUUGAAUCUUCAGUUUCUAGCGCUGGCGAUGUCAAAGAUGAUGGUACGAUAGCGCAAUAUCAUGUAGAGAAGUCCUUCGCCGACCGACGUUACAAAGUAAGCAGCGCCCGAACUUACUUCUACUUGAAUGAAGCUACUUGCGAGCGUAACAUGGAAAUUUUCAUAAAAUGCUUAGAGGCCGUCUCAGAUGAUGAUCACAAAACUGUACCUCGACCCGUUGCUGAGGGCGCCACUUUUGGUACGGGUAUUACGGCAAUUAAGCUUACGGCGCUUGGACGGCCACAGCUUUUGCUGCAAGUUUCGGAAGUGAUAAUGCGCACUCGUAAAUACAUGGAGGACCUAGUCGGUGGUCAGGGUAAUGUGCUGACUCAUCACAAAACUAUCAAAGAUCUGGAAAAAUAUUAUUCCAGUUUCGGUGACAAUAAAAAUGUGCAAGAUUUCUUGAAGAAUGUUACUUCGGACAAGGAGGGUAUUCUCCACUUAUUCCCCUGGUCUGGCAUUGUAGAUGAGGACUCGCAGCUGAGUGACACUUUCCGUGUGCCAGACCCACAGACUGGACAAAUGCGUCGACUGAUCUCACAGAUUCCGCCCAAGGAAGAGGAAAUGUUCAGGAAUAUGAUUCGCCGUGUCAAUACAAUUGUUAAGGCCGCUGCCGAUCUAGACGUGCGCAUAAUGAUUGACGCUGAACAAACCUAUUUCCAACCUGCCAUUACGCGCAUCACUCUGGAAAUGAUGCGAAAGUAUAACAAGGAGAAGGCCAUCGUAUUCAACACCUAUCAGUGUUACUUGCGAGAAACCUUCGGAGAGGUGUGCACUGAUCUGGAACAAGCAAAACGUCAGAACUUUUAUUUUGGGGCCAAAUUAGUGCGUGGCGCAUAUAUGGAACAAGAGCGAGAGCGGGCGGCUAGCAUGAACUAUCCAGAUCCAAUCUGCGCCAAUUAUGAGGCUACCACUGACAUGUACCACAAAACAUUGACUGAAUGCUUGCGAAGGAUAAAGUUAUUGAAGGACUCCGGUGAGGAUGCAAAGAAGAUUGGAAUUAUGGUGGCAUCACACAACGAGGACACCGUCCGCUUUGCUAUCGAAAGAAUGAAGGAAAUUGGAAUCUCACCCGAAGAUAAAGUUAUCUGCUUUGGUCAAUUAUUGGGAAUGUGCGAUUAUAUCACCUUCCCACUAGGUCAAGCCGGCUACUCAGCGUACAAGUACAUCCCCUAUGGACCAGUCAAUGAAGUUUUGCCAUAUUUGUCUCGGCGAGCACAGGAGAAUAAAGGUGUCUUGAAGAAAAUUCAAAAGGAGAAACGCCUGCUACUUUCCGAAAUCCGACGUCGACUUUUGACUGGCAAAAUAUUCUACAAGCCUAAGGGCAACUAUGUGCCCAUAUAAACUUGCCCCACUUAAAAAGUCCAUCACACAAAUCGAAAACAAAUUUACAUACACACACACACACGUUCAUACGUCAAGCAUACAGAUAGAACACAACGGUAAAUUCAACAAGGUAAAAGGCAUAGUAAUCACCAGUUGCCGAACCCAGAUGCAAAAAAUUAUUGCUGAAAAAUCAAAAUGUGUAAGAUUUCAUUUAUACAAAUAAAUCCUUAACCGAAACACACAACAAAUUGAUAUUACGAAAUAUAAUACUUGUAUUUAACAUAUAAUAAAUGUGAAGUCACAGAUAUAAAACGAAAAAUGUUAAAAAUUAGACUUAUAUAUUUAAAAACUGUAACUAAUUGUCGAUAACAACAACAUCACAUUUGAGGACUGCUACUGUCUAAUUAACGGUGUAUUGGCACAAGUACACUCGGACUUAUGUAUGUAUGUAAGUGCUGAAAUCAAAUUAAAGUUUAACUGAGCUUGAGACAGUCUUACCUAGGCAAACAUAGUGGACUCGCUGGAAAGAAGGGUCACAGAUGGAUUUAUAUCUAAGUAUGUGUGUACAAACUGCGAAAGCAAUGCUCCAAUGGUGCUCGAUAAUUCAAAAAUCUUGUCACUAUUUUACUUUAAGUUGAUUUAUAUAGUUCGUGUUUUACAUAUUAGACAUAUUUUGUGGUUGGCCUUUGGCGCGUUUUAUCCUUAAGAAACUAUGCUAACAUAUGCAACAUACCUCUUAGCGCUGCAAGGUCUGCUCUACUUUUAUGAUUUUAAUUUUCUAAGCACGAUAGAUCUCAGCACCUCUCCACCCACUUGUAUGUAUUUAAGAUGCUUCAGUCCAAAUUAUAUUUUUACGAGAAUCUUUGGUAGUUGAAUCGAAUGUAAUCUAACUCCAAGUAAACAUUUAAAAUUUUAUUUCGAUAGAGCCUUUUAGAUAUGGUCAUAUGGUAGCUUAUACUGUAGUUUUGUUUGGCGCUUAAAAAUAUAUACUGUAUGACUAUAUUCAAGUAUUAUAAUAAAGAAUAAACAAGUGAUUGUAAUGCCCAAAAAGUUCAUGCGCUCUGCAAGCUUCAGUUUUAUUGAUUGUCAAUAUGUUCGGUAAAUUUUUAUUUUGGACCAUCUGGUAAAAAAACAAAAAGAAAAGCAAAAACGACCGCCGCUCUUUGCAUUGACUAUAAAAUGUAGUAAAUGUUGACUCGAUAUUGAAAUGACAAUAAUAAACUGUUAAAGUGGCAUCGUUAGAAUCACAUUUAUAAGAAUAUAUGAACGUACUUUAAUAAACAGAACGUGUAAUUUAAAAAACAAUAACGAAUUUUCGAAGCAGCUGCGCCGGAAUUAAAUUUCAAUUAAUGCCUAUACCCCAAUAUUUACCCAAAGUAAAUAAAUGUUGAUUACGAAACUUAAA